AUGGUCAAACUCACUCAAGAACAAGUCGACACCUUCCACCGCGAGGGAUUGCUCUGUGUGGAGAACUUCCUCCUGUCUGAACAGGUCCAGACAUUGAAGCAAAGGGCUCAGGACCUCUUGGACAACUUCGAUGUCUCCACUCACCCCAAGACCCAAUUCCGUACCAAUGAAAACGACCACAUCGGUGACCAGUAUUUCUUUGAUUCUGCCGACAAGGUCUCAUUCUUCUUCGAUGUGGAUGCAUUCGAUGAGGCCGGUAACUUGCUCUGGCCCAAGCAGCGUGCUAUCAACAAGCUUGGGCACGGCUUGCACAUGCAUGAGCCUGUGUUCCGCGAGGUCACCUUCGAUGACCUGGUCAAGGAUGUGGCCAGAGCAUUGGACUUCAAGGACCCUCGUGUGUUGCAAAGUAUGUGCAUCUUCAAGCAGCCAGAUGAGGUCAAGGGAGGCGAGCGUGACAAUGCAGUGCCACCCCACACCGACGCAUGGUUCUUGUACACUGAGCCCCAAUCAGCAUUGGGUUUCUGGUUUGCUUUGGAGGACUGUGACGAGCAGAAUGGGUGUUUGUCAUACAACCCAGGCUCCCACAAGACAUUCCCCAUCAAGAAGAGAUUUGCCAAGGUAGACGGCGGAGAUAAAGGCUGUAAUUUUGUGGAUGUUCCUAACGAUGAGCCUAUCCCAGAAGAUGAUCCUGCAGCUUACAAGCCUGUUCCUUGCAAAGCCGGGUCUUUAGUAUUGAUCCACAACCUGGUAUUGCACAAAUCCGAGAAGAACAGACUGUCCAAGUCCCGGUACGUUUAUGCGUUCCAUGUGAUAGACGGAGUCGCCAAGUACGACGAAAAGAACUGGCUUCAAGUUCCUCCAUGCAAAGAAGGAGGACAAGAAUUUUCGAAGUUGUACGAGGAGACCAAGGAGAUGCCUUGA